AUGCCUCUCAGGUUGGUCGGCCAACCUCUGCUCUAUACUAUCUCCAUCUUUGCCAGUCUUGGCGUCUUUUUGUUUGGAUAUGACCAAGGCGUUAUGUCGGGCAUCAUCACCGGCCCAUACUUCAAGGCCUUCUUCCAUCAACCCACUAGAUAUGAACUUGGGACGAUGGUAGCCAUCUUGGAAAUCGGCGCAUUCAUUACCUCUAUUAUUGCAGGCCGGAUCGGAGAUAUAUUUGGUCGGCGAAAGACUCUCUUCAUCGGCGCCUUAAUUUUUACAGUCGGUGGAUUGUGUCAGUCCCUCUGCUCCGGAUUCACCUCGAUGGUGUUCGGUCGAGUAAUCUCUGGUUUUGGAGUCGGUUUCCUAUCUACAAUAGUUCCGAUUUAUCAGUCUGAAAUCUCACCCGCAGACCACCGAGGGAAACUAGCCUGUAUGGAAUUCACUGGAAACGUGUUUGGCUAUGCUGCAUCGGUGUGGCUAGACUACUUUUCGUCGUUUGUGGAGUCAGACUGGUCGUGGCGAUUCCCGUUAUUUUUCCAAUGUGUAAUCGGAACGAUCUUGAUGAUAGGUUCCCUGCUAAUCCCUGAGAGUCCCCGGUGGCUCCUCGACACCGACCAAGAUCGAGCUGGGAUGAGGGUCCUUGUUGAUUUGCAAGGCGGCGAUCCCCGCAACGAGAAGGCCCGUCAAGAGUAUACUGAAAUCAAGGAGGCUGUCCUGGACGAUCGACUAGCUCCCGACCGUUCAUAUCUUGCUAUGUGGACUAGGUAUCGUGGCAGAGUGUUGCUAGCCAUGUCAGCUCAAGCAUUUGCGCAACUGAAUGGGAUCAAUGUAAUAGGCUACUAUGCCCCCUUGAUAUUCGAAUCGGCGGGAUGGAUUGGCCGAGACGCGAUUUUAAUGACUGGUAUCAAUGGCACGGUUUACGUAUUCAGCACGAUUCCAACGUGGUAUCUGGUAGACGAGUGGGGCCGUCGGUUCAUCUUGCUCUCUGGCUCGGUCGUCAUGGCUUUGUCGUUAACUUUGAUGGGAUGGUUCCUGUAUUUGGACACAACGUAUACACCAUUGUCGGUGGUGAUUUGUGUGUUGGUGUACAAUGCAUUUUUUGGGUAUUCCUGGGGGCCAAUCCCCUGGCUAUAUCCUCCCGAGAUUAUGCCUCUGCCGUUCCGUGUCAAGGGUGUCUCGAUCAGUACAGCUACCAACUGGUUUUUCAAUUAUUUGGUCGGCGAGGCCACACCAGUCCUUCAAGAUGCGAUCCGUUGGAGACUGUAUCCUAUGCACGCCUGUUUCUGCGUUAUGAGUUUCAUUCUAGUUUAUUUUGCCUACCCUGAAACAUGCGGAAUUCCUCUAGAAGAUAUGGACGAGUUGUUUGGAGAUGUGGGACUAGAGGAUCAUGAGAACCAAUCGCUAGUGAACUCGGAGCGGUCGUCGAUCCAAAGAGCGCUGGAGCCACCUGAUCUAACCCGCCCUAGCCUUGGGGAUACCGAGGAGGGACAUGGUGGCAAGUCUUACUCGUCAAACUGGAUCGAUCGGCUCUUGGUCUUCAGGAAGAACCCUUCUAGGUCUACUGCCGGUUACCAGACUGCCGCGCCGGACGAAGAAUAG